CAACUGAGGCUGUCUCUAUUAAUGUGCUGUGCCAACUCAUUGGAGGGGAAUUGUGUUUGUACCUACUACAUCCACCCAGCUAAGCUUUUGGUAUUUCAGUUAACAGUUACUUCCUUCAACCACAAUAUCCCAAGUUCCCAACCAACCAACCCUUUCCCUCUUCUCCUAUUUCUAGAUCUUUUCCUCUCUCAUAUCAAUUGCCAUGUUUUUAACUUUCCUAUAAAAAUAUCUCUGAGUUUUGUUACAACACUUCCCAAUUCCCAUCACUUUGUGUGUGCAAAGAGUUCUAAGUUUGAAAGAUGACAGAGGAACAACCAAAAAAGGUAGAAUCUGAAUCACCAUCAAAUCCUCCACCACCAGCUCCAGCUCCAACUGAGAGUACUCCUGCACCUGAAGCUGAAGCUAAACCAGAACCUGUGGUUCAUGAUGCUCCAAAGGAGGAUGUGGCUGAGGAGAAAUCUAUAAUUCCACAACCCUCUCCUCCAGAAAGCAAGCCUGUUGAUGACUCCAAAGCUAUUGUCAAAGUGGAGAAGACUCAAGAAGCUGCAGAAGAGAAACCACUUGAGGGCUCUAUCAACCGAGAUGCUGUGCUUACAAGAGUUGCAACUGAGAAGAGGCUGUCACUAAUCAAAGCAUGGGAAGAAAGUGAAAAGUCAAUUGCAGAUAACAAAGCUCACAAAAAGCUUUCAGAUAUUUCAGCAUGGGAGAACAGCAAGAUAGCUGCUAAGGAGGUUGAAUUGAGAAAGAUUGAGGAAAACCUGGAGAAGAAAAAGGCAGUAUAUGUAGAGAAACUGAAAAACAAAAUAGCUAUGGUCCACAGGGAAGCUGAAGAAAAGAGGGCAUUUAUUGAGGCCAAGAAAGGGGAAGAUCUUCUGAAGGCAGAGGAGUUAGCUGCAAAAUACAGGGCAACUGGAACAGCUCCCAAGAAACCCUUUAGUUUUUUCUAAUACCACAACCCUCUAGCCUGAUUCACAAAAAUGUUGUUGCAUUCCUUGUCAGUUCAUUAGUCAGUACAUGUGUGUGAUUUGAUUGUCUUUUUGUGAGUUUUAGUGCUUUCAAUCUAUUAUGUGUGAAUAGUUAUACAUAUUGGGGGUGUAUAUACCUACCAUUUACUCAGUCUGAAUAAAAUUGAACUAUUCAAUUUGUGUAA